AUGGCUGCAGCGGGUGGGAUUAUUUUGUUGCUAUUCUUUUGCUGCAUCGGAGUUUUAAUAGGAGGAGCAAAUCUUGUCGUUUUGAUGGUUCUUCGUCGUCGAAGACUGCAUAGUUUUCAAUGUUGUAUUAUUUGUAGUCUGGCGAUUGCUGAUUUAAGCAUAGGAAUGAUAUGCAUGCCAUUGUUUAUCCAACAAUUUUUCCUUCAUUCCAACUUCAUGCUUACGUCGUAUGUUUGUACUAUAUGGCAAAUUGGAGAAAGCAUUUGCACAACGUCGUCCGUAGUGCAUAUAUUAGCCAUUAGCGCUGAAAGGUUCUUGUCAAUUCGAAAUCCAAUGGUUUAUCGCGAGUGGAGAAAGAAGAAACGCUUGACCUGUGUGACAAUAUUGUGGGCCGCUUGUAUACUUUUCUGUGUAUUUCGACAUGGUGUAAUCACCGUCCAUGAGAGAAUUAAAAAUACACAUUCUGAAAAACAAACAUUUUGCAUGGGUAAAUAUUUUGUAUCUCCUUUUUGUGCUCUUAUUGGAGGGAUUUUUGGAUACUUUUUACCCGGUACUACAAUGUGUGCGAUGUACAGCCUGAUGUACAAAAAGUCAAGUCAAAGUCAAACUUAUUUGGAAUCUCUACAAGGUCAAAGAAAAAGCGACCUUACACAUUUCGAACGACAAACAGCAAUUCGGCGAUCUGCUACUUUGAGUUGCCUUAGCGAAAUUAAUUUAAAACCAGCGCAUAAAAAGAGAAAGAGAAUUUGCCAAAACUCGUCACCAAACUGUGAUGCCAGAGAAUGUACUGAUAAAGAAAAGGUACAGCACACGAAUAUAUUUGACGACAUACCAGCUUCGACUUCAAAUCAACCAAGGAGUGAAGGUUCUGCAACCAGAAUUGGCAUGCCUAGAUGGCGCUACAAUUCUGAUGGCUGUGUCACGUGCACCCAAAUGGUCAAUGGGAGUUCGUCGAUAUCGGACCAAAACCAUUUUACAACUGGCAAACUUUCAGCCUUAACAAGAGAACUGAAUAGUAAAACUGAAGACGAUAAAAAUCAUUUAUUCGCUUCGUGUUUUCCGUGGAUACGACGAAGAGAUAGUCUCGUAGAAAUUGCCAAAAAUGAUAGACGUUCGUUGUCAGACAACAAACGAAAAAUGAGCUUGGACGCAACAGAAUCGUCGUGGGAAUGCAGCAGUGUCGCGAUGCUAAAUGAGGCAGAUGAAGAUAUGUCUAUUAAAUCGUCAGUGUUUUCUUUCUCAAAUCCACCAAACACACCGAAAAACAUAUUUGAAAUUGUCAAGUCGCCGGGUAGUUUUUCUUCGGGAUGUGGAAUUGAAACUUUGGAAAAAAGAUGCCAAAAAUAUAAUCCUCCACGCAGGGUUUCUUUGACACCGAGGUUACAAAAUUGUAGUUUAAAUCGACCGAUUGUGACAGCUAAAAGACGACAUUCGUUCACGGGUGAAUCCCUAUUAAUGAAAAUUGGAGAAAAGCAUGAAGAAGUUGAACAAUACGCUGAACAAAACGUAAAAUUGACUAAUUGUGACAUCAUAGACCACAAAAUACCUGGCGAUGAGCAACACGACACGAGUAGUUUAUUGUUAAAUGCAAAGAAUAAUGCAAAUAUCACCAAAAGGGACAAUACUGCUAAAAUUAAAAUUUCCGAAGGACAUAUGAUAUCGACCUCAUGUGCUAUGGUUAAUUCCAAGGAUAGUAAAGACAGUAAUCUUUCUUUGAGUAAAAAGCCUGGAAAUCACUUAGCCGAACAAGGCAAUGCAAGUGAAUUGGACUUAUCUCACAUAUCAGACGAUGAUAUGAGAUGUAGCAUUUUAAACACAAUUACCUUAAGUGGUAGCAUAUCAGGAAUGAGCAAUGCAGUCCAUGCGGCCAAUGCAGAGCGAGUAAUAGCAAAAUUACAUACACAUCGCGAAAGAGAAAAAACAAAAAACUCAAAUAAGAAAUUCAGAAGACAAAGAAAAGCGGCGAAAACGUUGAGCAUGAUAUUGCUCUCAUUUCUGGUCACGUGGUUUCCAUACAAUGUUCUAUCGAUUGCUGACGUGUUUGUAACAUCAGAGGGCGUUAUGGAGUCAACUGCUUCAAGUGUAAACGGAAGAAAUGGUUCCUAA